UGGAGACCUUCGAUGCUAUUUGAAUGAUCACUUUUCAAAAUUAGAUUGGCCAACUAAAAUUAGAAUGGCAAAAGAAAUUUCUAGUGGGAUUGAUUGUUUGCACAGUGCAAAUAUUGUUCACAGUGAUCUUCAUGAUAAAAACAUAUUAGUAAACGAUGGUAGAAUGAUUAUUACAGACUUUGGUUUAUCUAAGUUAUUAGAUAACAGCACAAAAUCCAUAACAGGAGGAACAUGUGCCUAUUCUGAUCCACAAUAUCUUCAAAGUCCGUUCAUGUAUAGGCGAAACAAGCCUUCAGAUAUUUAUAGUCUAGGCGUUCUUUUUUGGGAACUUUCAAGUGGUAUACCUCCUUUUAAAGCCUUGAAAGAUUUAAUGGAAGUAACACUUCAUGUAAUCAAAGGUAAUCGAGAAACUCCAACUGAAGGAACCCCUAUUGACUUCAAAAAUCUUUAUUGCGCUGCUUGGAGUGUUGAACCAGAUAGUCGUCCUGACAUUAAAGAAAUUUGCAAUAAGUUAGAUCAUAUGCGAUUGGAACCAGUUUAUCAGAAUAUUAAUAUGAAUACUUUGAACUAUAAAUACAAAGAUACAAAUGUCGAUCCGACACCAUCCUUAAGUGCUGUUCCAUUCUCAAAAUUUACGAAAAUAAACGACAUAAUAAAUAUUACAGAAGAAAUAACACCAAUAUAUCAGUCAGCCGAACAUAAUAAACGUAUUAGUAAAUCAUUAUCUGAAAGGAUUGUAGCAAUUGAAACAUCACUUCGAUUAUUAAAAGCAUAUAAAGAUGAACACAGAGAAUUUUUUAACAAGCAAAAUUUUGUAUCCAUACAAAAACUUUCAGAUAUUAUUCAAAAGAUGAAAACAUUCAUUAGCGAAAUAACACAGUUAAAAGGACUGCGAAAAUAUUGUCAAACCAAAUCUAUUCAAACUAUAUUUUAUGAAUUAACGACAGAAUUUGAUAGGUGCAUUAAUACGUUAAAUUUUAUUAAUACUGAUAACAUAAAAAGUCGUACAGAGCAUGAAAAAGAGAUCAUAGAUAAUGAUCUUGAAGAACUUAAUCAGUAUCUUUUCAAAAUAGGUGGUGGCAUUACUGAUGAGAAUUAUAACAUAAGUGAGACUAUCAAUGAAAUAAAUUUGGUCAAAAAAUUUAUUUGGGAUUCAAGAUCUAAUCGAGAAAAUCGAGAGCAAAUUAUGGAAAUUAUUGAGGAUCAAAAUAAGCUGCUUGAACUUGCUGAUUUUAUAGAAACAGAUGAAAUACGUGGAAAAAAAGUUAGAAAGUACAUUCGCCUAGUUGAUAACAAAGCUGUCGCUUUUAAAUUCGUAUCUGAUGAAUCAGAUACUAUAAAUGUUCAAAAUGAGAUUCGAAAGCAUGUUGCUAUUCUAAUGAAGCUUAAGGAUUGCCAUCAGAUAAUUCAAUUUCAUGGCCUUAUUUCUGACGACGAAGACGAAAAGCUUUAUUUAGUGACUGAGUGGGCUGAACGUGGCAAUUUACGAGAAUUUUAUAUGAAUUACCGUUACGGUGGCCCUAUUGACGUUAGAAAAAAAUUAAGUAUUGCAGUUGAUAUUGCUCGAGGAUUGAACUUUUUGUUGGCUGUAGAGAUAAAUAUUCAGAUACUUCACCAAGACAUCAGGCCGGAAAACAUUUUGAUAACUGCAAACAAAACUGCAAAAAUUGCCAACUUUCUAUUUCGUAGAUACGUUAGAACUGUUCGCUACGCUGCCCCUGAAAUGUUAUAUGGAUAUAAUAAUAAAUAUAAUACUAAAUGUGAAGUCUACAGUUUCGGUAUUCUUUUAUGGGAGUUAGCAGAACAAAGAAUUCCAUAUGAAGACCUCGAUGAUAUUAUGGCAAUUAAAGAUCGUGUAUAUAAGGAAAAAUAUCGUGAACCAUUCACAAAUUAUUCUGGGUUACCAAAAGAAUAUAAGGAUAUCUCUAGAAAAGCUGUUGGUGCUGAUCCAGAAUUUAGACCAACUUUAACAGAAAUGUUUAAAACUCUCCAAAAUCUACUUGAACCAUCAAAUACUCCAAAUUUUUCCUCUAAAAUACCUUAUAAAAUUAAUGAUAUUUCGCCCAUAUCACAUAUUUAUAAUAAUGAAAAUAAUUUCCAAGAUGAUAAAAUUCAUGUUGCAGAGACUAUCAACUUUGCUGAAUUUAAUUAUAUGACAAUGAAAGAAGCCAUAUCAACUCAUCGUGCUACUAAUGGUAAUUUGGAGAUGGCAUUCAAAUGUUUCAAUGCAUAUGCAAAAUUAGGGAAUUUAAUAGCAAAAUACUUUGUUGGUUAUUACCUUUACAAAAAGCUAAUAAAUACUCCUUAUACAGAAGAAGAAAGAGAAAGGCGUGCUGCUCAAUUGUUUAAAGAAGUUGCGGAUGCAAGUGAUGAAGUACCUGAUGCACAAUUAAAAUACGUGUUAUGUUUAUUUAAUGGUAUGGGCGUCGAUAAAAAUUAUUCAGAAGCUGCAAAAUAUUUUAAGAAAGCUGCUGAUAAUGGACUUGUAGUUGGCAUAUAUAAUUUUGGAAAUAUACUUUAUGCUGGCCUUACUGGUGUUAAAGAUGAAGAAUUAG